CUUAAUUUGUCAAUGCAAUCACUGAUCAUUGGAGAUCGAUGAAGAAAGGACAAUCCAUUAGCCAGCCAAAUAUACAUUUUUAAAAAAAUCAUGCUCUAACUUUUCUUAAUUUUCCAUUUCUUUUGCCUUCCUUUCUUUUCUUGUUCCUCUUUCCUCUGUCCUUCCCUGUUUGGUUUAUCCAAGCUGCUCUUUUGUUGCUUUUAUCACAGCUCUUUUCUUGUUAAUUCCUUCCCCUCCAUUGUCUUUACUUGUUUGGCUGUGUGUGUGUGAGAGAGAUCUUAAACUGCAUAGUUAUUUUAUAGUUCAUUUCUUUUUGUAUAUAAGAGGAGUCCUACAGACUUUGUUUGGCAAUAGCAAUGGCAAACUCGAUCUCUUACAGUGUUUUAGUACUUUGGAUGCUUUUGUGUUUUGGUGUGAUUGAAGCAGCUCCUGAAGCUGCUCUGAUUACAAGCCUUCCAGGGUUCAAUGGCAAUUUCCUUUCAAAGCACUACUCAGGGUUUGUCACCAUAGAUGGGAAUCCAGAGCCAAAGAAUCUGUUCUACUACUUCGUCGCGUCUGAAAGAAGCCCAUCAAGUGAUCCUGUUGUUUUGUGGCUCAAUGGAGGACCAGGGUGCUCUAGCUUUGAUGGAUUUGUUUAUGAACAUGGACCAUUCAAUUUUGAAGCUGGAAAGUCUAAAGGAAGCCUGCCCACCUUACAUCUAAAUCCAUAUAGUUGGUCUAAGGUUUCCAACAUCAUCUAUUUGGACUCCCCUGCUGGUGUUGGCUUUUCUUACUCUCCAAACACCACAUACAAAACUGGGGACAUACAAACAGCCAAAGACACACACAAUUUUCUCCUCAAGUGGUUUGAACAAUAUCCGGAGUUCCUUUCCAAUCCGUUUUACAUCUCCGGAGAGUCUUAUGCCGGAGUUUAUGUGCCAACUCUUGCUUCAAAUGUAGCAGAAGGAAUCAAAAGUGGUGUGAAUCCCCUUAUUAAUUUCAAGGGUUACAUGGUAGGAAAUGGGGUCACUGACGAAGUAUUUGAUGGCAAUGCUCUUGUCCCAUUUGCACAUGGAAUGAGCCUAAUCUCAGAUGCUAUGUUUGAGGAAGCUGAAGCGGCUUGCAAAGGUAACUACUAUGAUGACAACAGCACGAGAUGUUCAAAUAUACUUGGAAAAAUCUAUGGUGCUUUGGCUGGUCUAAACAUAUAUGACAUCCUUGAGCCAUGCUACCAUGGUGGCAAGCCAAGUGGAAAAGACAAAAAAGUAAAUGGAAGCAGAAGCAGCUUACCAACAAGCUUUAAGGAAUUAGGAAAUAAUAGUGAGAAGCCUGAUGGAGUGAGAAAAAGGAUGUUUGGUCGUGCAUGGCCUUUCAGAGCACCUGUCAAAUUUGGCCUUAUGAAAUCCUGGCCUCAGUUAAUGGCAGAGGAGCUCAGUGGCGUUCCUUGUGUGGAUGAUACAAUAGCAACAGUGUGGCUGAACAAUGAUGAAGUUAGAAAAGCAAUUCAUGCAAGUCCAGAAAGUGGAGCUUGGAGCAUAUGUAACUCUCUAUUUUACUAUAGUGAUGCUGGAAGCAUGAUUAAUUACCACAAAAACCUCACCAUGCAGGGUUAUCGUGCUCUUAUAUUCAGUGGAGAUCAUGAUAUGUGUGUUCCACACACUGGGAGUGAAGCAUGGACCAGAUCACUUGGUUAUCAGAUUGUGGAUGAAUGGAGGUCUUGGGUGUCCAAUGAUCAAAUUGCUGGGUACACACAAGGAUAUGCUAACAACCUUAUUUAUCUCACCAUCAAGGGAGCAGGACACACUGUACCUGAAUACAAGCCAAGAGAGUCAUUGGACUUCUACAGCCGUUGGUUGGAAGGAAAAGCCAUAUGAUACACAACAUUUAUGACCCCACCUCUAAUAAGAUUGAUUAUUUGACCAUUCCAUUUAAUCCCUGUUCAAGAUGUAAAUUAUUUUUAAUUUACACAAGAAAAUGAAUAAUAUAUACAUGUUUCAAAUACCACCAGAAAAGUCAACAAUGAAAAGAUCAUGCAUUUUGUUUCAUGGGCACUUCUCUUUGAAUUGACUGAUCAUCAUUUGGUACUAUUACAACUUACAAUUCGAAAAAAAGAAUAAAAAAAAUAAAAUAAAAAUAAUGUAUUGAGAAUUAUAUUUAUGCAAGUCCUUAAAUAAAAAUGAUAAAUGCAGAUACAAAUUCUUAAAUGAAAAACUAAAUUUGAGUUAUGGAAAUAGAGUUGGGUUUGCGAAACAAAGUGCUAGAGGACCAACC